CGGUUCAGCUUAUAUCCAUCAUCGCCAGCAAGUGUACCCCAUAUCUAACCUCUGCACCGGCCGCAAGUACCGCAACUUUGCUCGUUGUCGCUCAAGCUCCUGCAAUUUCUGGCCCAUAAAGACCGUCGAUGGGUUGGCAGACGUCGACGCCACGUGGUUCGCUAAGAUCGACGCGGUCGGAGUCACGCCUGGAGCCACCACAGACGCCUUGAGCGUGGCACCACCAGCGUCCAGCGCCACCACCUUCAUUUUGUCAAAUUGGGUUAUGAAGUGUAACCCACGUGAAAAAGUUCCGCAACUUAAAUGUGAAUUGAAACUAUAAAGCUGUGGUAAGACCUCAUUGUGCAACUUAACUGAAGAUUUGCUUGUCAACGGGGACGUGACACAGAACGUUGAGACCAUGGCGGCGGCUCCAGCGCCUGCCAGACACGCCCAGGGCGGUAACAGCGAUGACGCAGCCGACCGCGUGAAAGACUUCUUCAUUACCUGGCUGCGACUCAUGGAGCGCCAACAUGAAGUGACGGUGCUGUCGCAGGAGCUUCAGAAUUUAUUAGCGCCCACGAGAGAUGCAGCCACUCAAUUGCAGGAUGCCAGACACCAAGCCAACCUACUGAGCGCCACCGACAAGACCAUAACGGGCCUGAUGGCGUCAAUAAACGAUUAUUUCCACCGAGAUAUCGUUCCGGCGCUAAAUCGGGCCAAGCAGGCAGACAAUGAAUCUCCACAGCAGGCUCAGGACUCUUUGUCCAGGUACUUGGCGCACGGAGAUGAAGGGGAGGCAAUGCCCCAGGAUUUUGUGGACGAUAUGAGCGGUUGGGGAGCGGAGAGAGAGCAGAGCGGAGAAAGAGAGAAAGAGAACGCAGAUAAAAAUGUUGGAGACGAUAUGGAUUCGGGCGAUGAGAUCAGCUCUGAAAUCUUCCACGACAUGCUGCUCUCCAACAGUGUCAAGUUGACAGCGAUGUUAGCUCCAGACUACGUACAACCUGCAGUAGCUCAAGGUGUUGCUACUGCAGCUCGAAUGAGAGUACCUUCACCUUCGCCUGCCACGGCGAGUCCUAGAGCCAAAAGUAAGGUGAAAACGAAUAAGCGAAGCGGAAAGGUGCCGCCACCGGUUGUAACAGAUCUCCCUCCACGACCGGCAUCUGGUUCUGUUGGAUCAACGCCACGAACACAACCGCAAACUCCUACAGAAGAAACACAAAGAAAAGAUCGCGUUGGCAAACGUAUUGCUGCCAAUCUGACCGCUGAACAAGUACUGGGUAUACGGACGUAUGGAAAAGCGAAGGAGUUUUGUAUUCGCUGGCAAGGAGUGGAGAAGCCGCUGUGGAUCUCACGUCGCAAAGCUCCACCCCAGACCAGAGAGUUAAUCGAUUUGUACGCGGCAGAAGUACGCGCAUGGGACAACCAAAGUGCGAUGAAUCCGAAAAGUAAAAAGAAGACUUCAAGGAACGGAGCUGCAGGUGCGCAAGAGGCACAAUUCUACACGGUCGAUCACAUUGUUAAUCAUCGUUUGUUCAACAAGAAACGGGAGUAUCUCGUGCGGUGGGAAAAUUACGAUGCGAGUGACGAUACAUGGGAGAAAGCCGACAAAUUGCGUGUAGAUGUGCCGGAAAUCGUCGAAGCUUACGAGGAACAACUGUACCGUAACCGCGCUCCAAAUGAAGCAGUUUCCUCUGCUAUGUCAGAGCUACAUCGCGAUGCACAGUCCAAAUUCACCACAAAGAAGCGGAAAAUCGGGAAAUCUGGUCGUGAGGACCAACUAGAGAGAAGAAAGAGGCAACCUUCAGUGACCAGAAGCCAAAUUGACGGCGAACAUCCCAAGGAGAAGCGACUUCGCGUUGCUACGAAUGAGGAGGAGAAACGACAUGAUGCAGAUGGAGACAACGCCAGCGAAAACGACUUCCAAUUUGAGAUGGAAGAGGCAGAACUGCAUGAAUACGCCGACGAAGAGUUUGCAGACAAGUUGAACAAUUGACCCAGCGAUCUAGGAUCCACAAUAAUUUUGAUGAAGUGGUAAAAUUUGAUGUUUUUGCGCGUGACUGCCAUCGACGUUAACUACUUGAAGUAAUAUAAAUAAUACCUGCAACGGUUGCAGUGCAACCUACACGUGAUCUGAGUAC